UCGCCGGGGCCGCCGCCGCCGCCGCUCCGCCGCCCGCCCGGCCCGGCCCGGCCCCGCGGAGCCCGGGCACCCCCCCCCUUCCCCCGCCCCAAAUGAGCGGCGCUCCCGGCGGGCCCCGGCCGAGGACCCCGCCGAGCCGCGGAGCCGCGGCCGCCCCGUCGCCCCGGCCGCCCCCCGCCGACCCGCUGCGCCAGGCCAGCCGGCUGCCCAUCCGCGUCCUGAAGAUGCUCAGCGCCCACGGCGGCCACCUCCUGCACCCCGAGUACCUCCAGCCGCUCUCCUCCACGCCCGUCAGCCCCAUCGAGCUGGACGCCAAGAAGAGCCCGCUGGCGCUGCUGGCCCAGACCUGCUCGCAGAUCGGGAAGCCCGACCCGCCGCCCUCCUCCAAGCUGAACGCCGUGGCCGCCGCCGCGCCCGCCGCCGAGAAGGAGCCCACCGCCCGCCCCGCCGCGCUGAAGCCGCCGGGCAGCGGGGACGCGCCCGCCGAGGACAAGUCCAGCUUCAAGCCCUACUCGAAGGGCGGCGCGGAGCCGCGCAAGGACGGCGGCGGCGCGGACAAGGCCGGCUUUCGGGUGCCCAGCGCCGCGUGCCCGCCGUUCCCCCCGCACGCCACCGCCUCGCCCGGCGGCUCCCGCGGGGCCUCGCCGCAGCACCCCGACCCCAAGGGCGCCGAGGAGAAGAAGGAGCCCGAGGGAGGCAAGCCCAGCCCCGAGGGGACGGGCGGGGGGCUGGGGCGCGGGGCGGUGGAGCCCGGGGCGCACGGCGAGCCCCCCUCGGGCCGCAAGUCGGAGCCCCCCGCCCUGCCGCCCGCCGGCCAUGUGGCCCCGGUGUCGCCCUACAAGCCGGGCCACUCCGUCUUCCCGCUGCCGCCCUCCAGCAUCGGCUACCACGGCUCCAUCGUCGGCGCCUACGCCGGCUACCCGUCCCAGUUCGUGCCCGGGCUGGACCCCACCAAGCCGGGGCUGGUGGGCAGCCAGCUGCCGGGGGCACUGGGGCUGCCGGGCAAGCCACCCAGCUCCAGCCCGCUCACCGGGGCCUCGCCGCCCUCCUUCAUGCAGGGAUUAUGCCGGGACCCGUAUUGCCUGAGCUACCACAGCGCCUCGCACCUGGGCUCCAGCAACUGCUCCAGCUGCGUGCACGACCCCGGCAGCCUGAAGAGCGGAUACCCCUUGGUGUACCCCACGCACCCCCUGCACUCGGUGCACACCACGCUCUCCUCCAGCGGCACCCCCAGCCUGCCCGGCCACCCCCUCUACACCUACGGCUUCAUGCUGCAGAACGACCCCCUGCCCCACAUAUGCAACUGGGUGUCUGCCAGCGGACCCUGCGACAAGAGGUUUGCCACCUCGGAGGAGCUGCUCACCCACCUACGGACCCACACGGCCCUGCCGGGGGCCGAGAAACUCUUGGCGGGUUACCCUACCUCCGGGCUGGGCUCCGCGGCCUCCUGCCACCUCCACCUCCCGCCCGCCGCCCCCGGGAGCCCCAACACGUUGCCCGCCUCGCUCUCCUUGAGGAGCCCACACACUUUGGGACUAAACAGGUACCACCCCUACGGCAAGAGCCACUUGCCCACGGCCGGCGCGCUGCCCGUGCCCUCCUUGCCGGCCGCCGGACCUUACUACUCCCCGUACGCGCUCUACGGCCAAAGACUCACGUCAGCUUCCGCACUGGGAUAUCAGUAACCCCGCAGCUCCCGAGCCCCAGCCCCCCGCGCCCUCCUUGGACUCUGUAUUUAUUACUGUAUGUUAGCUUAAAGCUGGGAAUAUAAGUGCAUUAUACACCAAUGAAUCAAUGGUAUGCAAAAGUCUGUGUCCAAAAAAAAAAAACAAAAAAAAAAAAAACCCACCCCGAAAAAAAAGAAAAGAAAGAAAGAAAGAAAAAAAAACAAACCAACCCCUCUUUACUUUGCAGGUGUGGGGCUUUGAUUUUUUUUUUCCCCCCUUCUAGUUUCUUUUGAAUAUUUUUUUUUUCCUUCCCCCUUCUUAAUUUCCCCCCUGAGAAAUUCUUGCAUGACUCCUGCCACACAUGGAAAAGAAAAAAAAAAAAAAGGCGUUUUCCUCCUCCCCCUCCGCGUUUAUCGCUCUGGAAUUCUGUUCUCUGCGUUUGUAAUUUGCAGAUAUAACUCUCUUUUUUUGUAAUUUUUUUCCUUUUUUGAUUUUUUCCUUUUUCCGUUUUAAAUUUUUUUUUUAAUUUUUUUUUUUUUGCCUUUUUAAAUUUUUGGUUCUUUUUUUUUUAAAUUCACUUUUUUUUUCCUUUUUUUUUUUUUUGGUUUUUUUUUUUUUUUGCGCUGUGUCCGGGGGCCCCGGGGGAGGGGGAAAUCUGUGGAUGCUGCCGGCUGGGCGAUGGUUGCUCCCCACCUCAAGCCGUGCUCCCCCCGCGGCCGUGCCCCGCCGUGGGGCUGCAGGACCCCGCGUGUGUCCCCCCACGCCCCCAGCCCGGGGGGCUCGAGGAGCGGCGGGCGCAGCGGCAGGACCGGCGGCCCCGGGCGGGCGGACGAGCCCCCGGUAAGUCUGAUUUUGUUAAUAAACGGCUCUUGGUUGUAACCCA